UCUCUGAAACCCAAGCAAGCUCUUUCCCUCGUUUUUUAAGAGAGAGAAAGUAGAUAGAGAACCACCGGAAUUGUUUUUCCAAACCUUAAUUUCAGGAUAUUUUCAACCCACCAGAACCAAUUGUUGUUCUUUUUUUUCUUUUUCAUUCUGGGAUUUUCUUUUUCCUUGUUUUGGUUAAGAGUUUGAUAUCUUAAUCCCCUCAGGUAUCAGCUGAAUAACUUGUUGGGACAUAUUUGACUCGGUGCUUUUCUUCUGGUGAUUGCCUCAUGGGAAACAGUGAGGAAGGGAAAUCUGUUCAAACUGGAAGUCCUUCUUCACCAGCAACAACUGAUCAGGCCAAUCAGACAUAUCAGCCUAACAUUCAUGUCUAUCCUGAUUGGGCUGCCAUGCAGUAUUAUGGGCCAAGAGUCAACAUUCCUCCAUACUUCAACUCAACUGUGGCUUCUGGUCAUGCUCCACACCCAUUCAUGUGGGGUCCGCCACAGCCUAUGAUGCCACCUUAUGGGCCACCAUAUGCAGCAUUUUAUCCUCCUGGUGGAGUUUAUACUCACCCUGCAGUUGCUAUUGGGCCACAUUCACACGGCCAGGGAGUUCCAUCUCCACCUGCUGCUGGGACUCCUUCAAGUGUAGAUUCACCGACAAAAUUAUCCGGAAAUACCGAUCAGGGGUUAAUGAAGAAAUUGAAAGGAUUUGAUGGGCUUGCAAUGUCAAUAGGCAAUUGCAAUGCAGAGAGUGCUGAGCUUGGAGCUGAAAACAGGCUGUCACAGAGUGUGGAUACUGAGGGUUCUAGCGAUGGAAGUGAUGGCAACACUGCAGGGGCUAAUCAAACAAAAAUGAAAAGAAGCCGAGAGGAAACAUCAACCACUGGUAUGACUCUAAUAGGUGUUGAUAAGUUGAUAUUUGGAUCUUCGAAAAUAAUUGUGCCUACUACCCCAGCUAGUAUUGCAGGAAAGUUUGUAGGUCCUGUAAUUUCUUCAGGUAUGACCACAGCAUUGGAGCUUAGGAACUCUUUGACUGUUCAUUCUAAGGAAAAUCUCACGAGUGCCCCACAACCUUGUGCAGCUGUGCCUCCUGAAGCUUGGAUACAGAAUGAGCGUGAGUUGAAACGGGAGAGGAGGAAACAAUCUAACCGUGAAUCUGCUAGAAGGUCCAGACUGAGGAAGCAGGCCGAGACUGAAGAAUUGGCCCGAAAAGUUGAGAUGUUAACUGCUGAAAAUGUGUCACUGAAGUCAGAAAUAACUAAAUUGACUGAAGGUUCAGAGCAGAUGAGGAUGGAAAAUUCUGCAAUGAGGGAAAAACUGAUAAAUACUCACCUGGGACAAAGGGAAGAGAUAAUUUUGGAAAGCAUUGACAGCAAGAGGUCUACACCAGUAAGUACUGAGAACCUGCUAUCAAGAGUUAAUAAUUCCAGUUCUAACGAUAGAAGUGCAGACAAUGAGAGUGAUUUCUGUGAGAACAAACCAAAUUCUGGUGCAAAGCUGCAUCAACUACUGGAUACAAAUCCUAGAGCUGAUGCUGUUGCUGCUGGGUGAAACCAGUAAUUGCACUGGCUUAUUUUGUAAUUUUGGCAUAUUACAAGUCCAAAAUUACAGCUUGGUGCUAACAGUUUUCAGAGGGAUGGAUCAGCUGAGUUUUACAACCUAAAUCCAUCUAUAGACCAGAACUAAUUCUUUGCUUGUCAGUUUCUUAGGACAUGAACUCUGUAUUUUAUUAGAAUUGACAGAAAUGGAUGACAACUUUAAAGAAGUUUGUAAAUUGAUGAGUAUUAGGGAUCUAGCUUAGACUUUAAAGAUAGGGUUCUCACACUCUGUAUAAUUGGUUGUGUAUUAACUAUAUUGGUGUGAACUUUCCUAUGGUAUGAGUUGAGGUAUUCUCACA